AUGGCGUCCUCCUCCUCCGCUAUCCCACCACCAACCCCAUCUUCUCCGUCCUCCCUUUUUGCCGCAAUCAACAUGGGCACCAACUCCUUCAAGCUCCUUAUCGUUCGGGCCCACCCCACCAGUUGUUUCCUCCCCUUCCUCUGCCGCAAAGACCUCGUCCUCCUCGGCCGCCGCCACUACCACCAAACUCCCACUUCUCCUUUCGCCAUUUCCGCCUUCUCCGAGCUUCGUACCCUCAAAGCCCUCAAUACCUUCCAAACACUCCUCCAGGCCCACAACAUCCCCACCACCCACACCCGCUGCGUCGCCACGUCAGCUGUCCGCGAAACCACCAACAAGUCUGAGUUCUUGGAAAACGUGAGGGAGAAGACUGGAUUGGAAGUCGAAGUCUUGAGCGGAGAAAUGCUUCAGUUCUUUCCCGUGUUUGAAAAAUUGGUUCUUUGUGUUGAUAUCGGAGGUGGGGGUGCCAGUCAAGAGAGGGGGGCUAGUCAGAGAAGACGGGCUGAAAACGGAGGAAAUGAGAAAAUGAAAAACGGUGUAUUAUACCGGAGAAAACGAAUCCGGCGAGAAGAACGGAGGAGCUCGGCCGGCAAGAAGGCUAAAGAAUCUGCGCUGAAGAAUGGCUGA